UAUCCAAGAGGUCAUAGGUUUGCAUGUGCAGUAAUUCAGCAACUGUGGGACGAGGAUAGUGACCAGUUAAUACAAAUUUAGUUCCAGGAAACAAAAACCCCUGUAAUUGGUUCUUUGGAUAAUCAUAUAGAACUGUUAAACAGGGGAUGUCAAACCAUUUAUCAAAAAUUCACCAGAUACAGACAGUUGAGUCUGACUGACCACUCAGCCAGACCAAUCCGUUUGAUUGGUCCAUCUCUUAACGGGUUCCUUAUAUGGUCAUACCUAUUUACUGUGUUCAAGUUUCAGUUUACCAGGACCACAAGCAAGACCACAGACAAGUAUGUUUUGUAAGCUAUGUGCAUGCGCAUGCGCUCUAGAAUGUUUACCUUGUUAAUAUUUUGGUUGUACCGUGAUUAGCUGGCCUAUCUCCAUAUCGUUCAACGCAGAAGUGCCCAGCUUUCUUUUUGCCUGGAGGUAUCCAGGAUUUGUCAAAUUUGUCAUGGAGGUGUCCAAGAUACAUCCAGGAUCGCACUAUAUGUCGCCGAGGUGGCUGGAUUUCACUGCUACAUUCAUAACAGAGGUGUCAGGAUUUGUCACAGAGGUAUCUGUUGUUUGUCGUGGAAGUGUCCAGGAUUCAUUGCACCAUUCAUCACAGAGGGGUCCUGUUCAUUUUGGAGAUGUCCAGCAUUUGUCCCAGAGCUGUCCGGGUUUUAUCGCAGACGUGUCCCGGAUUCAUCGUGGGGGUGUCUGGGAUUCGUUGCAUUGUUUAUUGUGGAGGCAGCCGGGAUUCAUUGCAUUGCUCAUUGUGGAGGUGUCUGGGAUUUGUCGUGGAGGUGUUCUCCAGGACUCGAUGCGGAGAUGUCCGGGAUUCGUCGCGGGACUCGAUGCGGAGGCGUCCGGGAUUUGUUGCGGAGACAUCCAGGAUUCGUCACGGAGAUGUCUGGGAUUCGUCGUGGAGGUAUCCAGGAGUCAUGGAGAUGUCCAUGAUUCGUCGUGGAAAUGUCCGAUCCGGGAUUCAUCAUGGAGUGUCCAGCAGAAUUCAUCACAGAGGUGUCACGGUUUUACUGGCAGAGGUAUCGUGGUUCCGUCUCAUCGUUCGUUGUGGAGGUGUCCGGGUUUUGUUUCAUCGUUCAUCGCGGAGGUGUCCGGGUUUCAUCGCGGAGGUGUGCGGGUUUCGUCGCAUCGUUCAUCGCGGAGGUGUCCGGGUUUCGUCUCAUCGUUCGGCGCGGAGGUGUCCGGGUUUCGUCUCAUCGUUCGGCGCGGAGGUGUCCGGGUUUCGUCUCAUCGUGCGGCGCGGAGGUGUCCGGGUUUCGUCUCAUCGUUUGUCGCGGAGGGGGGGGGGUCUUGCUUUCGUCUCAUCGUUCAUCGUGAAAGUGACCUUGGUUUUUCUAAUUACAUAUCAUUGUGGUGUCCUAAGAUUUUUUUAACAUGCUUGUCAGAGGUGUUGUAAGAUUUUUUUGGCAUGCAUCAGAUGUGUCACAAGUCAUAGCGUAUCCCUGGUGUACGACGAGCUGAAAGGACACCACGUGGAACUUCCUAUGGUAUUAUUUGUGCAUCAUGGAGGAGAUAGUGAUUUGGUGCAUAUGGUACCAAAUAGAUGCCUGUCAGUUGACACAUUACAGUGUCCAGUUCAGCUUGUACAAUAAAUUUUUCCAUAGUUUGUAUUACCAUGCAUCAUGUUCACUUUUAUGGCUGGCUGCCUAAGUUACAGACCAGUCUGGUUUAUUGUCUUAUUCCUUAUGGAGAUGUUCAUUGACUGUCUCCAUAUUAAUUGUGAAUUUUUUGUGAUUCUAGUCUGUCAUAUGCUUUUAUGUAACUGGUGUCUCCUGCUUUAGAGACAUAAUUGAGACCUUGCCUCUCAAAAAUUAAAACUUGAUCCAUGUGAAGGCACAACAUUGGCAUUCAAAGGUUAGCUUGUGUGCCAUAGUGAUGUCUCAGUUCUUUUUAGCAUUUUCUGUUGUGCAUAAUGUCAAUAGUGAAAUAUUUGGUUUUGUGUAAUUGGCUCAAAGCAGGUAAGACUACGUAUGGUAUUUAAUGAUGUAUACUUAACAUUUGGUGUUGCCAUUUUUGUGCUGGUUGAUUUAGUCACCUGUUGUAUACAAAUUACAUUUACUGGCAGAAAUAUCCCAGUAAAGCUGUGGCUUUAACUCUUGAUAUUGGACUGCUCUUAAGAGGUUGUAUGGAACAAAAUUGCGGCAUAUAUCUGAGUAUUAUUUCUUUUCAUUAUGGCCUAUCUACUUCUUCAUUAGAGCAGAUGUAUCCUAAGAAAUUCAGAGGCUGUAUCACUGAAAUCAAAGAGAUGUGAGAGUGAUGAGAGGAUAGGUAGUAACCGUUCAUUCUGGCACACAAGUGCGGUUGGAUUUUUUUUUAAAUUUAUUUAUUGAUGUUAGCAGACUCAUCACAGAUAAUCAGCACAUUUUUUAUGCCAAAGACAUAAACUUCCUUUUCAAAUGUAUUUAUGUACACACACUGUAUUACUUUGAAGCAGGUCUCAAUUCUGCAUCACAUACUUACUUGUCAACAUGACUGCAGGAACAAGGUGUGUGUGACACCCCCCCCCCCCCCCCCCCCCCCACACACACACUAAAAUAAUUCCAAUCAUGCAUUCCUUUCUGGGUCUUCCAAUUUGUAUGCAGUCUUUUAUUGUGAUUGUCAGUCUAAAAUUUUCACUGAGUGCUGCAUUAGCUUGAUUAUUUAUCACUUCUUUGGAUGAUGCAGUUCUCUCACCAGGUUCUCAUAAAGAAAACUCCACUUAAGAGAGAUAUGGGGGCAGUCACCCACGUGUAAUGAAAUGACCUAAUUAAAUUCCACAAUUGACUGUGCAAUUAGUACUGGACUUCCAUCAUUUCAUUAAAUUUCACAGUUCAUGAGAAAGGUCUUCCUGGAUAACAAGUCAUCACUCAAUAACAGUUGAAUUCUAAAAAUGUUUUACAAAGAAUGCAGUUGUGAAUGAUUAAUCAAAACCUAACAUACUGAAACAUAGUUGAUACCAAAAUAUUAAUUUGCUGUCGUUAAUAGGCAGCAAUUGGCAAGUAUAUAUAGAGCAUUACUUGCUAUGGUCCUGUAUGUAGUCUUACAUUGGUGUGUGUUUAUACUGAUAUUGUAAUACAUACUUAUUUCACAGUUAAUGUAAUCUUUAUUAGUGAUAUUAUUUCCUUGUUCAUCUCAGUAAUUCAUAUAGAUUUGGAAAUGGUGAUAAAUCAGGUCCUUAUUUUUUGAAGAAUAAUUUAAGCACUGCUCUAUAAUCAGGAAACUUAACUACUUUAAAUCAGUACAGAUCAAUUUUCUAGCAAGAUUUUUUAAAGUAGGAUCAACAUUUUAGAGCACCUAAUACUAUGAAGUUUUAUGUACCAAAUUAUUUUGUAAAAUAAAUGUUCCUCAACAAAACUAACUAUGCGACAUCUGUCAGUACAUUAUAGAAAAAUUGCCUGAAUAAUAAUACUCAGGAAAACUGAAAUAAUUGUAAUAUUUACUAGGUAAUUGAUAUCCAAAAGUAAACUAAAAAAUUGAAAACAAAGCAUUUAUUUACUUUAGGAAUGAUACCAGACAAAUGGAGGUCCUACACUUUUCAUACAUUCUUUGUUCUUAUGAUUGGUGACAAAACUAUUAUCAGUGAUGUUAUUUUAUUUAUUUAUUUUAUCCAUCUUUCAGCACUAACAUGCAAUCGAUGUCGUCAGAAGAGUUACAGCUAUUUGUACAUUAUGUUUUACAUACCAAAAUAUUACAUAGUAAAAAUAUAGCAAUGUUGUCAACUAUUAGGCCAUAAUUUAUCAGCAUUAACAUGCAAUCAAUGUUGUCAGAAGUAUUAUAGCUAUUUGUACAUUAUGUUUCGUAUAACAAAAAUAUUACAUGAAAAAAAAGACAGUGUUGUACCCUAUUAGCUUAUAGCUAGCUGCCUCUACAUCCAUAACUAUACAUAACAGUAAGCCUUAGUUUAUCAAUAAAUUAGAUCAUCUUUACAACUAUUCUGAAAUUCUUCUACACUGUAGAAAAUAUUUUUCUUCAUCUACACUUUGGUUUUAGUUUUGAAAAUAUCCAUUGAAACCAAUUGAGCCUGUACGGGUAAAGUGUUGAAUAAUUUAAUGCCUAUGUAUUCAUAGCUAGAUUGGGUUUUCUUAAGUCUGGUUGUGAGUAUAUCAAUCAUAUUUGUUUGUCGAGUAUUGUGUUGAUGAACUGAUUUCCUUAUAGUGUAGUUGUUUAAGUUUUCUUUUAUGUUUAAUAGGCAACAAUAUAUGUAAAGAGAUGGGACUGUGAGAAUUUUUAAGUCUCUAAAAUAAGGUCUACAAGAGGUCUUGUUGUCAGUGAUUCCGUAAAAACGUCUAAUUGCUUUCUUUUGCCAAGUGAAAAUUUUUUGGCUCCUGGAGAGUUACCCCAUAAAAGAAUGCCAUAUUGUAGAUGGCAAUGAAAGAAGGCAUAGUAUGACUGAAGCAAUAAAUCUUGUGUAACACGUGUGUAGUUUGGCUAGUAGGUAGAUAACUCGUGAUAGCUUUCGACAUACAUAAUCUGUAUGUGUGUCCCAAGUUAAUUUUGAGUCAAUGUGUAUUCCUAGUAGCUUAACAGAUGAUAACUCCAUGUUACUGUUUGAUAAACUGAAGAUUAUCUUGACAGUCUUUUCAUGGUUCAUAGAUAAGUCAUUAGCUUUAAACCAGAUAUUAGAUAUUUUGAGACACUCUUCACUUUCCUCCUUCAAUAUGUUUAUAUCCUUUCCAGAAUUAGCUAAUGUUGUGUCAUCAGCAUAGAGGAUAGAUUUACAGGGUAAGUUAUUCGGAAAGUCAUUUACAAACAAUAUAAAUAGUAGAGGGCCAAGCACUGAGCCGUGAGGAACACCUCGUUUUAUACUUAAAGUCUGUGACUGUUGGUCAUUAUGCUUUACUAUUUGUUUUCUAUUGGUGAGGUAUGAUUCAAUUAGUGAGAGUUCCAAGUGUUUGAUUCCAUAGCAACACAGUUUAUCUAAUAAUAAUUUGUGGUUAACUGAGUCUAAAGCCUUACUCAAGUCAAUUAGAAUGGCUUCAGCAGAUAAUUCUGACUCAAAUGCGCUUAGUACAAAAGAGAUAAGGUUUUCAACUGCUUUGACUGUUGAUAAGUUUGACCUGAAUCCAUACUGAUAAUCAUUUAAUAUAUUAUUGUCUGAUAGGUGUAUGCAUAUUUGCUGCAGUAUGCAAUGUUCUAUUAUUUUUGAGAGAAUAGGCACAAGUGAAAUUGGUCUAUAAUUAUUGAUACAGGACUUAUUGCUCUAAUGUGGUUGAAAAGUUGCAUUCCUCCAUGCCAUAAACUUACUAGUGUUGCUUGUGAACCUUACAUUGCAGUUCCUAGUGUGAGUGUCCCAUUAAAAAUUCCAUCAGGUGGCUGUUAAUGUUUGCAGUUUCCUUUCUAUUAUUCCUCUGUCGGUUCCACCUUCCAAAUAGAGAAACACUUCCAUCAGAGUUCUCAUUUCAGCUUAUAUAAGUUACUUAAACUGUGUGUGUGUGUGUGUGUGUGUGUGUGUGUGUGAGAGAGAGAGAGAGAGAGAGAGAGAGACUUAUGGGCACUCAACACUGAGGUUAUCAGCGCACCAAAGUGGAAAUUUGUAUUCAUGUCUUAUCUUUUGAUUCACAUGUAAUGAAAAUUAACUUUAACUCUCAACUACUAAAUUAUUUUUAUUUUAUUUAUUAAUUUUGAGAGAGGGUGUCUUCCUCGAGUAUCUGAAGUUAAACACCAGGAUGGAUUCAUAAUAUGCCUCGCUCAAACAUGAAUUUGGUUUAGUUUAUGAAAUUCUUCUCAUUGAACAUUUGAUGAGUUGUGUAAAUAAGUCACAUAUUAAGUACAUAACUAAUUGCUUUGGUGUCUUUACCAUUUGUUAAUAUUCAGUGCAGAGUAUGAACACCAUUAUAGCAUAGAAUCAUAGUUUUUUUUAUAACAUUGGUUGGUUGCAUCAGAUAUGGUAAUGAUAGUUCUGUUUCUCUACUACUUUGUGAGACAGUGCAGUAUCUUGAAUUUCUGUAUGGAUAAUACAUUAAACUGAACGUCUUCAAUGGAAUUUGUGCUUACAUAUUAAUAAAACUAUUGUAAUCAAAGUCAGUCUUUGCAUAAGUGAAAUAAAGAUUAUAUACCAGUGCUCUGGUUGAAAUCCA